AUGAACACAGAAAUGUUGAUCGAGUUGGUUCGCAGUCGACCAUCUCUGUACGAUAUGAGUAAUAAAAAGUACAGUGACCACCUACAUAAAGAAUUAAUGUGGAGAGAAAUUGCAGGAACAUUGGAUCAACCGGCACAGAUUUGCAAAAAAACGUGGAGUGGCUUAAGAGAUGCUUAUAGGAGAUCAUCCAAAAAAUUAAUAACUGUUUCUGGUCAAAAAUCUAAAUUUGCUAAGAAAUGGAAAUUUUCCGAUGAAAUGGAAUUUUUGAAAAAGCACAUGAAAGAAAGAGAAUCUAUUAGUAGUGUAAACAGGGUUAGUGAUGAUGAUGCCGAGCUGUCUAAUUCAAAUAAUGAAGAAACUCGUUCGGAAUACAUGAGUGAAAAUUCAGAUGGAUCAAUUGAAGUUGGUCAAGAAGUUAUAGAGCCAUUAUCAAAUCAGAGUGUAAAAACAUCUGCACCUUCAACUAAGCAAUCAUUUCCUAAAAAAAAAUUUAAAAAAAAUGAAACGAACACUGACUCCACUGUACCUCAAAAUGCAUCAGCUACACUUAUGAAAUUUAUUUUAGACAACAGAGACAACAAAUCGAGCGAAGCAGAUAAAAAAUUAGAUGCUUUAGAUCAAUUUUUUUCUUCUAUUUGUUCAACAGUGAAACAGUUUUCUCCAUAUUUGCAACAUGUUGCUAAGAAUAAAAUUUUUUCAAUAGUAUCUGAAAUGGAAUUGGAACAAUUGAAGUAUACACAACCACAAACAUACUUGAAUACUUUUACAGAUCAACAAUUAGCUGUAGCUCAUCCAUCAGUUCAGCCAUCCAACUUUCAAAACAUCGAAACAUCAACAGACAAUGUAUCUCAAUUUUAUAGCUCAAUACCUACUACUUCUUCUUCAACUGGUACCUAUUUUCAAACAAGUACAGAAGAAAAUAUUUAA